AUGAAGAAAGAGAAAGCGAAGAAGGAGAUUUUCGGGACGAAGAAGGCGAAGAAGGAGAUUUUCGGGACGGAGAAGGCGAAGAAGGAGAUUUUCAGGACGAAGAAGGCGAAGAAAGAGAUUUCCGGGACGAAGAAGGCGAAGAAGGAGAUUUUCGGGACGAAGAAGGCGAAGAAGGCGAAGAAGGAGAUUUUCGGGACGAAGAAGGCGAAGAAGGACAUUUUCGGGACGAAGAAGGCGAAGAAGGAGAUUUUCAGGACGAAGAAGGCGAAGAAGGAGAUUUUCGGGACGAAGAAGGCGAAGAAGGAGAUUUUCGGGACGAAGAAGGCGAAGAAGGAGAUUUUCGGGACGAAGAAGGCGAAGAAGGAGAUUUUCGGGACGAAGAAGGCGAAGAAGGAGAUUUUCGGGACGAAGAAGGCGAAGAAGGAGAUUUUCGGGACGAAGAAGGCGAAGAAGGAGAUUUUCGGGACGAAGAAGGCGAAGAAGGAGAUUUUCGGGACGAAGAAGGCGAAGAAGGAGAUUUUCGGGACGAAGAAGGCGAAGAAGGAAAUUUUCGGGACGAAGAAGGCGAAGAAGGAGAUUUUCGGGACGAAGAAGGCAAAGAAGGAGAUUUUCUGGACGAAGAAGGCGAAGAAGGAGAUUUUCGGGAAGAAGAAGGCGAAGAAGGAGAUUUUUCAGGAUGAAGGAAGGCGAAGAAGGAGAUUUUCAGGACGCGAAGAAGGCGAAGAAGGGAUUUUCGAAGAAGGCGAAGAAAGAAAUUUUCGGGACGAAGAAGGCGAAGAAGGAGAUUUUCGGGACGAAGGCGAAGAAGGCGAAGAAGGAGAUUUUCGGGACGAAGAAGGCGAAGAAGGAGAUUUUCGGGACGAAGAAGGCGAAGAAGGAGAUUUUCGGGACGAAGAAGGCGAAGAAGGAGAUUUUCGGGACGAAGAAGGCGAAGAAGGAGAUUUUCGGGACGAAGAAGGCGAAGAAGGAGAUUUUCGGGACGAAGAAGGCGAAGAAGGCGAAGAAGGCGAAGAAGGAGAUUUUCGGGAUGAAGAAGGCGAAGAAGGAGAUUUUUGGUAA